AUGGUGCCGAAAUUUCACUGGUCUAUCUUUAUAUGCUUAGCGGGAGUGUUACAUUUACCAACGAUUUCUGCAGCUAUUACAAAGGAAAAAGUGCCUUGCCUUCGUUCUGAUGGCUCCAUGGGCCAGAUGGAUGUAUGUAAAGAUGAAUGGGGUCGAAGGGUAGACUGUCCGGUUGAAAAUGACGAUGAUGGUGAUGAUGUUGAUGAGUUGACUAAAUAUACAUUUCAAAGUUGUUCGGGCAAUGACCUUUUAAACACUGCAUCGUUUAAUCAAUGA